UUAACCAGGGAAUGAAUCCUUCAGCAGAGAUAUUGAACUCAAAGUAUGGAGUGUUGCACAUAUCAGAAAUGCUAUCUGGGUCCCCUAAGAAUGUGUAGAUCAUCGUUCAUCAGAGAAUGUUGAAUUGAAUUGAGAAGAUGACAAACCCAUUAGAGAGAUACCAAAAACUUGGGCUAAGCGAGUCUCUACCGAAAACCUACAGAUACCCAAUUGCGUGCAGAGAGCUAAGCUUUAUUCUGAGGGAAGCUUUUCAUCAAUUCCCCAAAAAUUUGCAAUCCAUCGUCUUCCAAGACACCCUCUCCGCCUUCCGUCUCCUCCCAGAAAUACAGACUCAGAGUGCUGUUUCAGCAGUCCACUUCCUCCUUCAGAGUGUAGAAGCAGCACUACCAAAGCAAAAAAAGAAUGUGGCUGUAACAGAAUUUAAGCAUGCAAUGGUUGCUCAUAAGAGGCGCUGUAAAGCUCACCAGGUAGAGAAAGGUUCAUUGCCAUUGCCACAAGAUAUUCUUGUGCUCAUUUUCAGUUUUCUUGAUAUGAAAUCUUUAGUCUCAGUGGGGCUUGUCUGCCGGUCAUGGAAUAUAGCUGCAAAUGAUAACCAUCUGUGGGAGAUGCAGUAUGUUGCACUGUUUGGUGGUCGUGCUAAACUGGUUGAAGGCAAGAACAAUAGGCUUUUGCUGGAACCCAUAGAUACUAGAAUCAUUACUGAUUGGAAAGAAGCUGUUAAAGGAGCAUAUACUGGAGCAUUAUCCAGGAUAUUAACAACCAGUCGGGGAUAUUGUGGACACUGCAAAUCAGUAGUUUGGUUAAAUAACUCAAAAUGCCCCAAUGUACACUCUGGAAUAUCUGAAAUUCAAGAUAUUAAGCCUGUAACAGCAUUCCAGGCUGUGGAAUAUGUUCUAGAGGAUUCUCUAUCAGUAACAUCUUCCUCAGACAGUGAUAGUGAUUCGGAAGGAGGAACAGUUUCUAGGUUAUGGGCAUAUCCCAAGCAUAUAAGAAAAUAAUAUGGGACAGCUUUUUGCUUUGAAUACAUUCACAAUUCACAAAUGAGUAAAAAAACUCCCAACGUUCACCGGGUUCAUAUUCAUCGAGAAGCAAGUUUUAUGGCCCUUUUCAUAACCAAAAACAAAAGCUGAUUGUAAUGUAUCUGGAGGCUUUGGGGUAGAAAAAUAAUUUCUUUAAAAAAGAGAGGUACUUCAGAAUACCUCAUUUGUGAGUAUGAAUGAUGAUGAUGAUGAUGUGGUUGUUGUUGGUUGGAGCAAUGGGUCUAUCAUUACACCAGGCUGGGGCAAUAUACUGGAAUUCAGCUGUCAAGUGUUUUUUUCUUAUAUAUAAAAAGUAGGAAAAUUAUUACUUGUUAUUCAUUUUAAAGAAAUAUAAAUAUAUUUAACUAAA